UCUCCCAUAAUCUGUCAGUCUUAUUUCUGGCUGGAAUUCUACUCCCAAAUUCAUGGAUGACAUUCAAACCUCCUAAUAAUCAAAACCCAACUUCACUUUCACUUCCAUUUUUUUUCCUAUGAAGAUCAUCUAUCUUCUUCCUUUGUUGAUUCAACUUUAGUGAGCUUUUCAGGGUGUUCUGAGUCCUGGGAGGCUGUGUCAAUGUUGGGAUUGGGAUGAUGAUUAGGACACCAGUCUUUCACCAGACACAUCUCUUGAAUCCUCCACAAAGCCUAGAUUUCAAUAUGAAGUUGAAGGAGCAAGAAAGUUUGUCUCUUUUAAGGAGAUGCAAGAACAUGAAAGAGUUCAACCAAGUUCAUGUGCAAAUCCUUAAGUUGGGUCUCUUCUGGGACUCUAUCUGUGCAAGCAAUCUUUUGGCAACUUGUGCUUUGUCAGAUUGGGGUAGCAUGGACUCUGCCUGCUCGAUUUUCCAACGAAUCGAUGAACCGGGUACUUUUGAUUUCAACACCAUGAUUAGAGGGUAUGUCAAGGAUCUCAACAUGGAAGAAGCCUUGUUUCUUUAUGAGGAAAUACUUGAGAGGGCCAUUGAGCCUGAUAAUUUCACAUACCCAGCUCUUCUCAAGGCCUGUACCUGGUUACAGGCACUUAAGGAAGGAAUGCAAAUUCAUGGGCAUGUGCAUAAGCUUGGUUUUGAAGAUGAUAUGUAUGUGAAGAACAGCUUGAUCACUAUGUAUGGCAAGUGUGGUGAUAUAGAACUGUCUUCUGCUGUCUUUGAGCAGAUAGAACAGAAGAAUGUGAUCUCUUGGAGUACUAUUAUUGCAGCUCAUGCUAGCUUGGGAAUGUGGUUGGAGUGUCUGAUGCUGUUUAGGGAUAUGAAUGAUGAGGGAUGCUGUAGGCCUGAAGAAAGCACACUGGUCUCUGUACUCUCUGCUUGUACCCAUUUAGGGUUUCUUGAUCAAGGGAGAUCCACACAUGGGUACUUGUUAAGGAACAUUAGGGAACUCAAUGUCAUUGUGCAAACUUCCUUAAUAGACAUGUAUGUAAAAUGUGGGUAUCUAGAGAAAGGGAUGUUUCUCUUCCAGAGUAUGCCUGAGAAGAACAUAAGGUCCUACAGUGUCAUGAUCUCUGCACUUGCAAUGCAAGGAUAUAGGAGGGAAGCUCUAAGGCUAUUCGCGGAAAUGCUGGAAAAAGGACUGGAGCCAGAUGAUGUUGUCUAUGUGGGUGUACUGAGUGCUUGUAGUCAUGCUGGUCUGGUUACUGAAGGUCUACAAUAUUUCGACAGAAUGAAAUUGGAGCAUGGGAUUGAACCAACUGCUCAACACUAUAGUUGCCUGGUAGACCUUCUGGGCAGAGCCGGUAUGCUCAGCGAAGCCCUGGAGCUGAUAAAGAACAUGCAAUUUGAACCCAACGACGUUGUGUGGCGAACCCUGCUCAGUGCCUGCAGAGCUCAUCAUGAUAUUGAAACUGCAGAGAUUGCUGCCAAGAACCUGUUCCGAUUAAACUCCUGCAAUCCUAGUGACUACUUGACAUUGUCGAACAUUUACGCGAGGGAUCAAAGGUGGGAGGAUGUUUCUAAGAUCCGAACUGAGAUGGCUCGUAAGGGCAUCGCUCAAAUGCCAGGAUUCAGCAUGGUUGAGGUGAAGAGAAAAAUCUACAAGUUUGUUUCACAGGACAACUCGCGCCCUCAAUGUGAUGGCGUUUACGACAUGAUUCAUCAGAUGGAAUGGCAGUUGAAGUUUGAAGGCUAUUCCCCAGACUUAUCACAAGUAGUGCUUGAUGUUGAUGAAGAAGAGAAGAUACAGAGAUUGAAAGGGCAUAGUCAGAAGUUGGCAAUUGCAUUUGCACUCAUACAUACGUCCCAGGGUACGCCUGUACGAAUAGUUAGAAACCUCAGGAUGUGUAAUGACUGUCACACAUACACCAAACUAAUUUCAAUCAUCUAUGAAAGAAAAAUUACUGUCAGAGAUCGGAACCAGUUCCAUCAUUUUACAGAUGGAACUUGCUCUUGUAGAGACUAUUGGUGAAGUGAUAAUUUUCUACUCAUGAGUUUUUUGAACUGGGCAGGGAAUUUACUUUUGCUGCUAUUACAAUAUUGCUAAACAAGACCAAGCAUAGGCAUAAUGAACUGUGAAAACAUACCUUUAUUGCAGACUGUUGUGAGAAAUUACAGAAGGUACAAAUCCUGCUUCCAAUGUUUAGUCAAGGUUUCUCAUCUUACCCAGCAUAGAAAAAAA